UUUCCGAUGCAAAAAUGAACAAACUGUGGGCGGAAAAUGGAAAAGUGCACCCAGUGAGGCAGAGAGUGAAUAACAAAAAAAUAGCAUAAAAAAGUGGUUAAAAAGUGCAUCUUUGCCCCCUCCUUCCUCAGGCUUAGUAGUGGCCGCCGGGAGCAUAAAUAUCCAAAAAGUGGCACAGAAAAGGAUUCAACAGAAGUAGUAGCAGCAGCGGCAGACGACGACCAAGUCGGGCAUAGAAAUGGGACACAUUAAUUUUGUGAAGCUGAAGCUUUUGUUGAAUAUAUUGUUUGUAGCCAUACUGGUGAACGGCCAUGGAUCACAACAGGAAGCACAGCCGGAGUUUCUGGCACCCCUGGACAAUCUCACGGUGACCCAGGGCCGGGACGUGUCCUUUACCUGCGUCGUCAACAACCUGGGCCAGUAUCGGGUCGCCUGGAUCAAGUCCGACUCGAAGGCCAUCCUGGCCAUCCACACCCACAUGGUGGCCGUGAAUCCGCGGCUCUCGGUCACGCACAACGGGCACAACACCUGGAAGCUGCACAUCUCGCACGUCCAGCUCAACGACUCCGGAAGUUACAUGUGCCAGGUGAACACGGAUCCGAUGCGGCACCAGUCUGGUAACCUGGACGUGGUGGUCUCACCGGACAUCCUGAACUCCAACGACCCGAACAGUGCCUCGCUGGAGGAGGGCGUUGCCAACGAGGGCGGAAACGUGCAGCUGUUGUGCCAAGCGGUGGGAGUGCCCCUGCCGACGGUGCAGUGGCGUCGCGAAGGGAGCAAGGACAUUAUUGUGCGGUCCGAGGGGCGGGAGAAGCAGGCGGUGAAAGUCGUCGAAGGUGAACGACUCGUCCUGAACCAGGUGCAGCGAACCGACAUGGGCGGAUAUCUCUGCAUAGCUUCCAACGGUGUGCCUCCAUCCGUGAGCAAGCGAUACGAUGUGCAAAUCAACUUUUCACCUAGCGUCAAGGCCGGCAACCAGCUGGUCGGAGCCCCGGUCGAGAGUCACGUCAUGCUCCAGUGCAUCGUCGAAGCUUUUCCCACGCCCCUCAACGGAUGGUACAAACACGACGGAAUCAAACUAUACGAAGGAGAAAAGUACGUUAUCACGGAGGAAAAGCUGAACGUGUUUACCUGGCAGCUCAACCUGACGGUAAAGAACCUCCAGAAGUCGGACUUUGGGGCGUACCUCUGUUCCAGCAUCAACGCACUCGGCAAGGCGGACGCACGGAUACGGUUGAAUGAACUCCGGUUACCGCCGAAGCCGACCACGACGGUCGCGCCGUACAUUCCGCCAACGGCCAAACAGCCCCGCCGGAAGCAGCACCACCAGAACCACGGCAAGGGCGCCCACGACAGCACCGGCAAAAACGGAGCCAACGGUGGCAAUGGCUUCAGCCGGGACAGCUACAUCAUCAAUCACAUCCAGGAGAACGACCUGCUCGGCGGGUUUGCCUCGGACGUGCCCCCGCGGGGAGCCCUCGGCGGGGGUGGUCCGGGUGGGUACGGAUCGGGCUCCGGCGGUAACGGCGGUCUGUACGGGUCCGGCGGUGGCAACGGCGGAACGGGCCCCGGCGGAAGCAGCCUGGAGAAGGCACGCAAUACCCAGAUGCCGGCGCCGAAUCCCUCGCGGCAGCCGCCCCUUUGGAUGCGCAACAGUGGCUCCAGGAGUGGCCACCGGUGGUGCUGGUGGACCGGAGUGGGGGCCCUGGCGUGGCUCGGAAGUGGCCUGACCCAGCAGCACCGGGGGAUGACGGCAUUCGUGAGCAGUUGUUGGGCGAUGAUUUAUAGUCUGUUGAUGUUGCUGACAUUUACAUGAAAUUAUGUCUAUGGGUGUUAUCAUUGCUGUUAAGGGGAGAAAUGCGGGUGGAGGUGUGUGUGAGAAGGAUGUGCGUGUGCGGUGCAUAUUAUCAUUAUUAUAAAUACAUCUGUAUCUAUCUCUAUAAACAGAAAAACACACUCACUCGUACUCAAAACAUGUUUAUAUUUAUAAAUACAUUUACGAAUAGUCAAUAUAGGUCAAGUUAAGCAUAGUUGGAUCAAUGGUUAAAGGUAGGUUGGGGGAAGGAUGAAUAUAAUUUUCCAUUAUUUGGAACUGCACAAUAUUUGGAUAUUUUUUAUAAUGGUCCGAUAAAACAGACACAGAACAUCACAAAUUAUGCAUCUUUUUUCCAAAUUUCUAGCUUUUAAAUGCUCUAAAAACUGUUUUCUCUAUUCAAACUGUAGUCCGGAUUCACCUCUGUUUACGGUAUCAUACCAAUAACUGUAGUUAUGGUAAAGAUUGUUCCUAAAUUUGUUUCAACAGUAAAUGAUUGUGCAUGCCUUUUUGAUAAAUUUGGUUUCUUCCUAAGAUUAUGUUUAAUUUAAAUUUUAAAUUUACGCUU